AUGUCUCAUGAAAAGAGAACAUCGGCUGACUUUUUUAAAUAAGUAUUUGGUAGAACAGUGAAUGUGAAAUUGCAUAAUCGAACAGAGUACAUAGGUGUUUUGGCUGCUUUGGAUGGUAACAUGAAUCUGGUCUUGGAGUAGUGGUAAUUUGCAGGAUGAUUAUAUAAUAGUGAGGAAUAUUUGGAGUAGAAACUCAUCAAUAAAUAUGGCUAAAUAUUAUUGAGAGGAAAUAAUGUGCUUUACAUUAGUGCCAAAUUUAAUCAAAAGUAAUAAUAGGAGGAAGAAAUUUGA